AUUUAGAAAAUGUGUACGUUUGGGGGUUUGGUAUCCUGGGAAUGGGUCCCAAAGUGCAACAGUUAAAGACACCGACAAUGCUUCCGAUGCCACUGUUUGGUGCGAAUGAGUUCAACCCAAACGUAAAAGUAGUGAAAGUUUCGGCCUCUUUCAGCCAUUUGGCAGCCAUUACCAAUAAUGGCGACCUUUUCAUGUGGGGUAAAAAUACUAAGGGAUGCUUAGGUCUGGGCCACUACGCCGACCAGUAUUUCCCAUUUAGAGUAUGCGUUCCCACAGUAGUCCGCAAAGUGAGUCUCGGAAUAGACCACACGGUAGUCAUCGGGACUUCUAUUUUAUGAUAGCAU